AAUGGGAACAUAGCCGCUGUGACUUUGAGAAGCGGUGUGCUCACAGACGGUGAACUGGUCGAUCAAAUGAUGACACUCCUAGCCGCUGGGCAUGGUACAACUUCGCAUGCUCUCCAAUGGGCAGUGUAUGCACUAUGCAAGCAGCCGGAGAUCCAGGCGCGCCUCCGAAAGGAGGUUCGCAGCCACCUGGGAGCCAUCACAGAUCGCCAGUCUGCAGUGUCGGCAGCUGACAUUGAUGGUCUCCCUUAUCUGCAUGCCGUGUGCAGUGAAACCCUUCGGUUCUACCCCUCAGUUCCCUCCACGAUCCGCGAGGCAUUGCAUGAUACUACUGUGGCAGGCCACCGGAUUCCCAAAGGCACCCAUUUCACCAUCUCACCGGCGGUGAUUAAUGUCGACCCGGACCUCUGGGGGCCUGAUGCAGAUACCUUUGAUCCCGGACGCUGGGUGCGUGAGGGACAUACAAAUUCCGGGGGAGUGCGGAGUCAUCAAGGGUUUCUAACAUUUCUCCAGGGCCCUCGAAGCUGCCUGGGUUCUGCUUUUGCGAGGGCUGAAUUGGCCUGUUUGGUGGCGGUACUGGUGGGCAGAUUCCACAUGGAACUAGAGGAUCCAGACCGCGAAGAAGUAUUGACCAAGCGAGGAGUUGGCGCAGCGCCUGCAGACGGGGUUCGUGUUAGAAUGAAAGUUGUAGAAGGAUGGUAGUCUUUUCUAGCUAAUCUGGCGAAUAGGAGGUACCUUGUAACGUUAGCUUUAAAAAAAAGAAAAGUGCCAGGUAC